AUGUUACUCACCCCUCUGUCUGUGCAAGCCCACUGCUACGUAUCCUUGAUCUACCGCCAGCCACCCAAGUAUAUCCCACCGCUGCUGAAUCUGGUAGAGGACACCGUUCGCGCGCCGUUCGAUCUGCAGAAGUACGUUCGCGAGGGUGGACUGACGCUCGUUGGUGGCAACUUGAUGCGUGAGGGUCUGGGCACUACGCUCUGCGCGCUCGUCCCUGGGUGCACAGCGACGGGUGAAGGAUACAACGGCCCCAAGGAUGGCACGGCACUGCCUGAUAUCAGAGAGUACAUUGGUGUCUAG